UGAACGAUGAUAUUCCGUCAUGAAACAGCUGAUUCUAUUGAUCGUCGGUGUCAUUAAGCAUCGCGUUCAUACUGUUUCUAUUAAUAAUAUAAUGUAAAUUUGUUUACUAUUUCAAUAUUAAAAAUUGAAGUGAUGUCGCAAAACAAGCGCAUUGCCACGUGGAAUAAGACGUUUGACUCGAAUCCAUAUGUGUUUAAUGACAUCGAUUCAUUAGAAUAAAUAAGACGUAUAAAAAGUCGUUAAAACAUAUACGUUUGUGCACUGGAAGUGUGUGGGUGUGGGUAGGACUUGAGCGGUUCCGUGAAAAGUCCAUUUGACGUAUUUACAAUUCCCGUUUGUAUUAUAUCCGUAGAGUACAAAGUUCUCUCAAACGAGUCAUUCUAGCAGGCUAGUGAGAAAAUUUCGUGAUGCUUCAUUGUUUCAUCGGGAAAUGGUCAGUCUGGCACGAAAUUUAAAUCCGUCUGGUGGUGGCGCAGUUUUCUUUGACGCCUCGCUUAACAUGGAUGACGAAGAAUACCUUCAGCCUGUACUUUCGUCACAAGAAGUUGACAAUUUUCAGUCACUCGACACUGUUAAAAUCGCAGCAAUUCCACUUGUCACAGGGGUAUGCCUGGAAAUAGCCGGAAUCGUUUUUGUGUCACUGUGGCCACAGGAAAAAGACAAAUGUGACACUUACUUCAUAUUCCUGUAUCUCCAUUGCGCUUAUUGGCUCAUCACAAUGGUUGCCGAUCAUAUUAUAAAGAUGAAGCAUCAUAAUUUAAGAAUCUGCGGUUAUCUGGAUUUUUAUCAGUCUACUUAUCAACACAUUAGAACGCCUCUAUUCAUUGCGUCUCUCUGGAACACAGCAUAUCUCUUGCUGGCUGUAAUUCUUCAUCACACUCACAAAUACAAUUAUGAAGAAUAUUGCCGAUCAUCGGAGUGGCUAACCCCUGUCAACUAUAUUCUACUUUUAACAACCUUGGAACUCACCAUAAUCGUUCCAGUGUACAUAAAUUAUAUCAAACGAGUUCGUCGUUUCAAUCGCGCGCAGCCACCACCUGAUGUGACCCGUGAAGAAUGGCUUUCGUCCUUUACCCAGGAUUCAUUCGCCGUUAGCACAGAAAUUGGCUACACUCAGAGAGGCUCAAAUCUUGCUGAGCUAUUAGAGAAGCAAGCGGAUCUGAUUAGAUAUUUGAGAGAUCACAACGUUAAAUUAAGCCAUCGAAUGAUGUUGCUUGCUGCGAAGCGCAGAGCCACAGAAACAGUGGAUCGAUCAUAAAACUCAUGCGAUCAUUUGCUCAAUAUCAUUUUAAAUUUCACUUCCCAUCGAAUGAUCUGGUUUCAAUUGGCCAAAUAAAUGUUGUGGAAUCUUCAAGAAACACGACAUUUGUCACUCGCAUGAUAUUGAACGAAUUUCAACCGUUUCGGUUCGAUCGCAAAUAGAUCGUUGUGAGAAUAUUUACUUUUUAAAAUUAUUCACCGAAGGAACGAACGGAAUUCUUCGUAUCAAAAGAUGGAUGUUCUUUUGUGCCACCGAUUUGAAAGUCAUUAUUUUGUUAACAUAUUUAUAAAUAUUCACGUAUAUCGGCGAUUGCAUCUCUUUGCGUUUUAAAAAUUCUCGAUCGAAACGAUUCGAUCAGAUAAAUAUACAAACUGCUGAACUUUUUGUAUCCAAAGUUCGUUGCUGUUCGUUGUAAAUUAAUCAUCCGAUAAAUCUCAUCGUCAUUCUCUUAUACUCCAACUAUUUAUUCGAUCGUAAACAAAAACUUUUUUACGCAAAAAUAUUUUUAAGCUUCAUUUUUUUGCUAUAUUAAAAAAAGCAGUCCCCACUGUAUACUUUCAACGCUGAGCCUCUAAAAUUAUUUUUCUUGAACAAUUGCCUGCGUGGAAAGUGUGCUAUUGGAAAAUGUGCAAUCACAAGUUUAUGAAAAUUUGUAUAUCGAUUGGUUUUUUUCAGUAUUAAAAAAAUGAUUUUCUCACAAGUUCAAGCAACCGAGUACAUUUUCCAGUACUUCCAGAAUAUGUCACAAGUGAAUUAUUCGAAUGUAUGCUUCGUAAGUUUUAUCCUCUGAGAAUGUAAACGAUCGGACACUAAAAAGUAUUCCGCAGGGAGAAUCACACGAUUCGCACAUUUAUUGUGGUUUCCAUAAAAAUUGAAACUUUUAACCAAAGUUAUCGCGACUGUUGUACAAAACGAAUUCGUCAGUUCUCCGUGGCGCAGCUCCAAUGUAAAAAAAUCUCAAAUCCAUAAAACACGUUGAAAUUGUCGAAUCAACAGGGAGUCCACCAAAUUUAUAAAUAAAUUAGCGAGUAUUUUAAUACGCGUAUUCCUCAGAAUUAAAGCAACGAGUAAUAUAUGAUCUUCAGUAAGAAUAAUCGAGUCUAGAGACCCAAAAUAAAUCGUAGAUACGAUAAGUAGGAAAGAUUGUAUAAAAAACAAAAACGAGUGUUGAGAACGCUGACGCACUGAUUAAAUAAUUAAACAAAAACAGUGGGUUCUUACUGUGAUAAAAAACCAACGUUUUUUUGUCAUUCGUGUAUACAUUUAACGAACUCGAUAAAAUAUAUAUGUGUAUAUAUUA